AUGGCGUACAAUUUUUACGAAAUGCGACAGCGUAACAAUGAAAUCGCAAAUGGUAUGCGAUGUGAGGAAGCAAGCGCUGAUGUUGAAAACGAAACGCAAUUUGAUUGGAAUUCACCUUCAAGUUACUUCGAGCUCAAUAAUUGUACUUCAUUGGAAACAAGAAUCUACGAAGCAGGAUAUAUUCUUAAGCAGACGAUGGAAAUGCGUGACCCACAUCUUAUUAGUGAUCGUCGAGGAUAUUUACAGUCAUUUUUAUCAUGUAUGAUUGGUACUGAAAUGGUUGAUUGGUUGAGUACACUUGCAACCGAAACAUUACAUUCGAUCAAACAGAUAUCGUUGACACGUUUUCAAGUGGUUGGCAUGUGGCAAGCAUUAUUGGAAAAUGGUGUAAUUGCACAUGUAAGUAAUGAAUUGCAAUUUGCCGAUAAGCAUGUCUUUUAUCGUUGGAUGAUUGGUACUACAAAUAGCGUUCAUAUGAGGUUAACAAUUGGUGUGAUAUUUGACGGUGAGCAAGAAAUGGUACCACACGUUAGUGAUAUUGCUGCAGCGAUAUUCUUCCUUAGUACCAUUGGACCUGAUUCGUUGUUUCGAAUGAUCCUUUGCAAAUCAUCAUCAGAGCGUACAUUGGAAGAAUUGGAACAUGUUUACAGGGAAUUAUUACAUGUAAAAGCAUUAACACAUUUGAGUACAAUGGUGAAACGUGAAUUAGCGGCGGUUGUUUACUUCGAACAGCAUCAACAUGCUGGACAUGUGUUAUUCCGACAAGGUGAUGAGGGUAAUUGUUGGUAUAUUGUCCUUAAAGGGUCUGUUGAUGUUAUCAUAAAAGGAAAAGGUGUCGUUUGUACGCUUCGUGAAGGUGACGAUUUUGGUAAAUUAGCUUUGGUAAAUGAUGCACCACGUGCUGCUACCGUAACUCUUCGAAAAGAUAAAUCACAAUUUUUGCGCAUUGAUAAGAAUGAUUUUAAUCGCAUUUUACGUGAUGUUGAAGCAAAUACGGUAAGAUUAAAAGAACACGGACAGGAUGUGCUUGUAUUGGAGAAGAUGAAUGCAACAUAUCGAACAUUUAAUGAUACCCAUCAUUCUUAUCUAUCAAUUCCAAUUAAUACUACAGCAACAAAUUCCACCCGAGAUUUACCAAUAGACUUAAAGCCAAAAUGCUGUUAUUCCGUAAUGGCUGGAUUACCGGAAAAAACUGUGGAAUAUUUGUUGGAAACUCGAAUUGAUGCACAAACUGAUGAUGGCUUAAUGGAUGAAUUUUUGGAGGAUUUUAUUCUCACACAUAUCAUUCAUAUGCCCGUUAACAUUUUAUGCAGUUAUCUGAAAAAUUAUUACAUGCGUGGUUCAACUGUUCGAAUGGAUGGUACACUGCCAAUAGAUGAUUAUGAGCAUAAAAUCGUUGCAAAACGACGUGUGGUUGCCUUUUUAAAUUUAUGGGUACAAAUUGUUGGUCUACGAUUCUUCAUUGACCCUGCAUCAAAUAGCUUUAUCGAGGAAGUAUAUUGCUAUGUUCUGGAAGAUAGUCAGCAAUUCCCGGAGAUAUUAGCAAAUUUAGCACCAAUGUGUGCAAUACGGCAACUUCGUGAAAGUGCAAUGCAAACGAUUAAUAGACAUUCAUCAGUAGUACUUGAUUGUGGUACUUAUUGUAGUCAUGCACCAGCACCAAAUCCUGUACUGCCAUUUGAUACCUGUAAUCAAGUAAUUUACCUAUCCGAUACAAGUUCUUUCGUACUGAGUAUAAGACUUGAUAAGACUGCUGCUGAUAUCUGUGAAAUGGCAAAAACAAAAAUGCGUUACGGUGGCUCUAAUGAGGAAUUGCAAUUAGUUGAAGUAAAAAGUAGUGGAGAACGAAUAAUUUUUUCACCGAAUGAUAUCAGUGUUCCAACAAUGAUUUCAUUGAACGGACGUUUGUAUAUUGCAUACAGCGAUGAAAUUGAAAUGCUGGUACCAGUACCACAACAAAAUGGUCCAUCAGAAAGUAUUCAUUCCUCAUUGCUUGAUUGUUUAAGUAGUGUUGACAUUGCUCAACAGUUGCUCAUCUUUCACACUCAUUUAUUAGAAGCAACCGAUGAUAUUGAACUUAUCAUUCAGGUAUUUGGACAUGAACAAUUUCCCAAUCGGAUAACAUCAAAUUUGGAUCUUUUAAUGCGUCGUUUCAAUGAGGUACAAUUUUGGACAACAACGGAAGUAUUGCUUGCUCAAGGCAAUACAAAACGUCUUUCAGUUCUCAAAAAAUUUAUCAAAAUUGCUACACACGCAAAAGAAAACAGAGACUUAUUGUCGUUUUUUGCGAUUAUUUUAGGUCUCAGUAAUGUUGCUGUUAGUCGGAUUACUCAUCUUUGGGAUAAACUUCCAACUAAAAUGAAACAACAAUAUGCGGAAUUUGAAGAAUUGCUUGAUCCAUGCCGUAAUCAUCGUGCUUAUCGGAUGCUUACAGCUAAUAUGAAUGCGCCAACGGUACCAUUUAUUCCAUUACUUCUCAAGGAUUUAACAUUUACGCAUGAAGGCAAUAAGACCUAUUUCGCUGGUUUAAUCAAUUUCGAAAAAAUGCAUAUGAUUGCUAACGUUUUGCGAAGCUUUAGGCAGUGCAAAUAUCCAGUUGCUCCCUUCGAACGAAAAGCCUUCAAAUCAAAAAGCCUUGUUAGGAAUUUCAAAGUGAUCGACAAUCAGCGGCGUUUAAUGGAAUUAUCUUAUCAAAUUGAGCCAUCGAAAAGGAAACGUUUUAGUGACUGUUUAUAA